AUGCGCGCGCAGCAUUGGAAGGUGCUGUGCGUUCAUCGGGCAAUCACUCGGUGGGUGCUUCGGAUGCGUGGGAGGGCGCUGCUCGACGAAUUGCGCCAGCUCCGGGAUGCCAAACGCGCUCAGCAGCGCCACCACGAGGAGGUGUUCGCCGCCACCACCUGCAUCCAACGUGCGGUAAGGCUGUGGUUGUUAAGACGGAGCUCCGCUCACAAGCUCAAACCCCUUCUGCUGCAGAAGCGGUUGUUGGUUCAAGAGGCAUUCAAGAUGGCAGCGGCAGCAGAGGAGCAGAAACUUAAGCGAAUUCGUGCGUACUGCGCGGUGAUGAUUCAAAGCGUAUGGCGCUCUUAUAAAUGUCGCCAACAAGUCGUGCGGUAUCGUCAGUUUAUCACUGUGAUUCGUCGGUAUCAGCAGGAGAACGAGCUCGCACGAUGUGCUGUGGUGAAGCUACAGGCUGUGGCGCGUGGCUUUCUCGCGCGAUGUCGAUGGCAGAGCAGAACUCAAACCAUCCCGCUGUCAUCCUCUUCGGGUUCAAUUGAGGUGCAGUACAUCUCAAACCCGUUUGAAUCGGCGUGUGUGCUUUCUGCUAAUUCCUCUGAAGAAGAUUGCGAGGCUGUGGAGAAAAAUAGUGCGAGCUUGUCGUUUUCAGUGGUGCCGCUCUCCAUAUCAGAUAGUGAUCAGGCUCCCACAUCCUGCUCAGUGGCACCAACCAUGAGACAACAUCGCGCUGCAACGAUGAUUCAGAAAACAUGGCGAGGGUACUGGCUGCGCAAAUGCAUCGAGUGUUUCUGUAAAGAGUUUGAUCUUGAGUUCAGUCAAGAAAAUAGCUAG